ACAGUUUGAUCUCACACAUACACACAUUGGCUUGUUGAUCUCCUUAUUGGAGAACAUGGGUUCAUUUUCUGCUAGUUUGGUUGACAAACCUUCAAGGGCAUUUCUCAUUUGGUUCUUCUCUCUCUCACUUUUGUUUCAUUCAUCUUUAGGUUCUAAGGCCAAGCAUUACAAAUGGGAAGUAGAGUACAUGUACUGGUCCCCGGACUGUAUCGAGAGUGUGGUGAUGGGAAUCAAUGGUGAGUUUCCAGGGCCGACCAUCCAUGCCGAGGUCGGUGAUAUUGUCAAUGUUGAACUUACCAACAAGCUUCACACUGAAGGAGUUGUCAUUCACUGGCAUGGAAUCAGACAAUUUGGAACACCAUGGGCUGAUGGAACUGCAUCCAUCUCACAGUGUGCUAUUAAUCCAGGAGAAACCUUUCACUACAGGUUCACAGUUGAUAGGGCGGGAACAUUUUUUUACCAUGGACACUAUGGGAUGCAAAGAUCAGCUGGUUUGUAUGGAUCUCUGAUAGUAUACCCUCCAAAGGGUGUGAGAGAGCCUUUCCCUUAUGAUGGGGAGUUCAACUUGUUAUUGAGCGACUGGUGGCACGCAAGCAGUCAUCAACAAGAGUUGUCUCUCUCUACCAAACCAUUUCGUUGGAUCGGUGAACCACAGACUCUUCUAAUCAACGGGAGAGGUCAGUUCAACUGUUCGCUAGCGGCGCUCCAUAGCAGGCCAGUGCAGAGGCAGUGCAAGUUUAGGGGAAACGAACAAUGCGCACCCCAGUUGCUUCAGGUGCUUCCCAACAAAACAUACAGGCUGAGAGUGGCCAGCACCACCGCACUAGCAUCACUCAACUUGGCGAUUGGACAUCACAAGAUGGAGGUGGUUGAAGCAGAUGGAAAUUAUGUGCAACCUUUUUAUGUGAACGACUUGGACAUCUACUCCGGCGAGAGCUACUCAGUUCUAUUCAAAACAGAUCAAGACCCCUCCAAGAACUACUGGAUUUCAGUAAGUGUAAGGGGAAGAGAACCAAACACCCCUCAAGCCCUCACCAUAAUAAACUAUAAAACCACCUCCGCAUCAAAGCUUCCAGCAUCACCACCUCCAGUAGCUCCUCUCUGGAACGACUACAACCACAGCAAGUCAUUCACCUACCAAAUCCGUGCUCGCAUGCUGCCGGAUUAUCCCAAUCCCCCGACCACCCACCACCGCCGCAUUACCCUCCUCAACACUCAGAACUACAUCAAUGGAUACACCAAGUGGGCAAUCAACAACAUUUCCCUAUCCUUACCUUCAACUCCUUAUUUGGGUGCAAUUAAACACCAACUAAACGGUGCCUACAACCACCAAAGCCCGCCAGAAAACUACCCCGAAUUCUACGACGUGAUGCAGCCUCCUGUGAAUCCCAACUCCACGUAUGGGAGUGGAAUGUACGUGUUCGAGUUCAACACCACAGUGGACGUGAUACUUCAGAAUGCGAAUGCGUUGGCGAAGAACACGAGUGAGAUACACCCGUGGCAUCUUCAUGGACAUGAUUUUUGGGUGUUGGGAUACGGAGACGGCAAGUUUAAUCCCGGAAAGGAUGAGAAGAAGCUCAACUUGAAGAAUCCGCCGCUGAGGAACACCGCGGUGAUCUUCCCUCACGGAUGGACUGCACUGAGGUUUGUUGCAGACAAUCCGGGUGUUUGGGCAUUUCAUUGUCACAUUGAGCCGCACUUACAUAUGGGUAUGGGGGUCAUCUUUGCUGAAGGUGUCAACCGCAUCAAGGAGCUUAACAUACCUCACGAGGCUCUUACCUGCGGUAUGACUGGGAGGAUGUUCAUGAAUAACAACGGUCACCACUAAGAGUAGUAGCUGUACUAUUAAGCUGAGUGUAACACUAUUAAAUCCAUUUUUCAUGUGUACUAGAAGUUUAGAACGUACUAUUUUUGUUGUUGCAUGCAUCAUUUUAUUACCAUGUAAAAGGUGAUGUGCUGUUAAUUAAUAUAAAUUAAUUAUUAUUAUAUUUAUUAUCA